UUUAAACUUGGUUCAGUGGCAGUUUCAAGGAAAGGAGGUUAACCACCUCUCAGUUUCAUUGAUCAAAAGAAACAGCUUUUAGAGAUUGGCUACCAGAAUCCAGAGGACCCAGAUCAAACUAAAAAGAAAACAAGAGAGAGUUAUGAGCUCAGCUAGAAGCUUUCCCUUGGUUGGAAAAUCUUUCUACUUGGACAUACCCAGUGGAAAGAACUUGGAUUUUUUGACAGAAAAUGUGAAGCGACUUGGAGGGGUUAUAGAAAGUUUUCUGAGUAAAGAAGUGACCUAUGUUGUUUCCAAUAGCCAAGAGGCCAGACAGGACAAAUGGGCAGGAAAGCACACUCGUAAUGUGUUGAGGGAUACCCACACUGGAGCUCUACCUUCUGCAGGACCCCAAAGGGAUCACAGAAGUCCCUUGCCCAAACCAGUAGACAUGGCCCUGAUCAGUCGUGGGAAAAAGCUAUUGCAUAAAGCUAUUGGCAGUCAGGAUAACAUCCCUGGGAACAGCAUCCUUGUCAGUGCACGUCUGUGGGGAGUACAGAUUAUACAUACAGAUGAAAUGCUGACUUACAUACAACGGUUAUCCAGGAAGCAUCUUUCCAAGGCAAAGAUGAAGUUGUGUGCUUCUGGAUACCAGCCUCGAAAAGUAGCCAGGUUGACACCACACUUCCUAAAAAUUGAAGAUAAAAGCAGACGUCUUCGUCCAUUUUUUAAACACUUCAAGAAUUUUCCUCAAUUGUAUUUCUCGACUCAGAAAAGGCAGAGCCCUUUUGAACCCCCACAUACAUCCUCCAUCUCAAAGAAACACAAAAGCCAAGAUUCUGCCAACGAAGCAAGCCCCCUCUCUGAUGGCUGUUUCGUGCCCCAGCUACAGAAAGGCUACUGUGAGUGUUGUGAAAGACCCUUCACAGAAUUGCGAAUGCAUCUUCACAGCCCUCAACAUAUGGAAUUUGUGUCUGAUCCUUCACACUACACUCACCUGGAUAGCAUCAUUUCCCAACUAACAAAUGAUUUUGUCUGCUCAUUCACUCCACUUUUGAGGGUGCCUUCAGCUACUGGUAAUGGAGAACCUCUUGAAUUGCUAAUGGAGAUGAAUGAGAAGGCAGCAGUACCACCUUCAGAUGGAGCACUGCAAUGUUGCCUAUUUGCUGAGGGCUCAGAAGGACAAUUUCUCAAUUUAGGGGGUUCAAGCCACUUGUUUGAAGUCCAAGACUUUCUUCAGCUAACAGCUACACCCCUGGAAGUGUUCAGCACCUCUGCACCCUUUGCCUUACAGUCUCCAGAAACAGCUUCUGAGCUGCGUGAAGAGGGCAGAGUUGUGGCAAACAGUGAUUCACAGGCCAGCACUCCUGUUGAAGUCAAACACCAUACUGCCUCUCAACAGGAGAGGGUCCUGGCACAACCCACUGCAUCACGCAAACGCAAGCACUCUUGCAGUGCAUUUGGACCUGUGAAAAAGAAGCAAGCACUCACAUCAGACAAGAAGCACUCAAGUACAGAUUUGGUCACUGGGGAGCAGCAGGUUGGCAUAGUACAAUGUCCAUCUCCAAAUUUGAAUGACAACCAGGGAGCUCCCAAACACCCUGGCUUCUGUGCACAUCAAUUGCACGCCCCUAGCCAUCUUUGUGCUCCCCCACACUUACCUGUGGAAAGCUGUUCCUGUCACUUGUCUGAGCCUGUUGCUAUAAACACUAAAUCUCUCAAAAGCCCAGUGCAGCAGCUAGACCAAGAGGAGGAAUCUGCUCUAAGGAAUGGGACAUGUGCAGUCUCAUUCCCUUGCAACAUUUCCAAGUCUAAUAUUGGAUUAAGAAGCACACCUGACUUGUCUCUAGGCAAGCACAAAGUCCCUAAGCUGCUGGGCUCUGUGGUCCAGCACUCUUCACCUGAAAUAACUGAGAUAGCUCAGACUAGGUUGCCACAGCAACCAGGCCUAGGGCCCAGCCCUUGCCUAUGUCUGUCUUCCAAGCGAAUGACUUGUAUUUCUACUGACGAAAAGAGCUCUUCCUCCAUUUCAGAAUGGGAUGGACCGCUUCUUUGUUCCCUGGCAGGAGCUUCCCAUCUCCCUUCUGAGGGCCUGAUUGAUGCUGCACUGCUGGGGACUUGUGUCAGCAUGCAAGACAGCAACUACGAAUCCCAUCUCUGCUCUGUGCUUUGGCGGACACCACAGGAAAACUGGUCCUGCAAUGGCAACAACACAGAUUAUCAGAACAACUGCACAGAGAUGACAAAGAGAUCCCUUUACUACAGUGAGCAUCUGCCUAAACAACUGGAUGAGCUAAGCUGUUCCUCUAAACAUCCUGUUGUCUGCCUUCCUCCUUCCCUUCCUUCACAGCCAUAUAGGGCACCCCUUCCUUCUCUGUAAAAUAAGAGACUCCAUCUUUUUCACUCUUGGAUGUGGGAAUGGGCUAUUUGCCCAUAUAUUCCCAGAAAUGAAUGAGGGAGGGGGCUGGUUUUGAGCAUUUGAGCAAACACUCAGUAGCCCUAGUGUAACUGCUUCAUGACACUGGGCCCAAGACUGAAAAUGUACCUUGGGGCAUAGGGAUGCAGUAGUAGAAGCCAUUUCCCAUACCUAAUGGAGCAUGCAUUCCUACCCAGGAUGGAGACAUGGUCUUCUGGCGGUGGGGGGAUUCUUUGCCAAGAACUGGAACCAUCCUGGAUUCUUUUGUGUGGUUGAUGGAUUGUCUCUUUGGACAGUGAGAUAUGUAGAUAGGGCACAUGACCUUUCUGCUUGCCAGAAUUCAAAUAGGAUUGUUUCCCUAUGUAUGUGUUCCAGAUCCAAAUUCUUAGUUACAUCUCCUUUUGCUGAAAAAGCAAUACAUUGACAUGUGUUUAUAGAAAGGGACCCUCAAAACAGUAAUACUCGCUGUUUGUUUACUUUUCCUCUCUGUGAAAUAGAUCUAGAUUAGGUGGUCAGAAGAGUGUGGGGUCUCUUGAGGAGCAGUAAAUAAAGGUUUAGGCUUGCUAGCAUAUGGUUGUUAAUAAGAGAGAACCUAAGCCUACAGUUAUCGAUCUGCUGAUUAAUACCUCUGUAGGUCUUUUAAUGAUGGGCAGUUACUCACCUUCUGAACCUAACCAUUAUUAUCUGUUCCUUGAUUUUCCUCCCAUCAUCAUCCAAGUUUUCCUAUAUGUGUUUCUAAGUUAGCAUAUGAGUCUGCUGGAACUUGUAGUGGCAUAUUUUUCCCACUCCUUUUAAAAAUGUAAAUAAAUUUCUU